AGAGAACAAGGAUGAUGAGUGGGGAAGGGAAGGUGGUGUGUGUGACAGGUGCUUCUGGUUAUAUUGCUUCAUGGAUUGUCAAGUUCCUCCUCCAACGUGGUUAUACUGUCAGAGCCACCAUUCGAGAUCCAAGUAAUCCCAAUAAGGUUGAGCACUUGAUUAAACUUGAUGGUGCAAAAGAGAGGUUGCAACUCUUUAAGGCUGAUCUUUUGGAACAAGGUUCUUUUGACUCUGCUAUUGAAGGAUGUGAUGGUGUCUUUCAUACUGCUUCACCUGUUCGUUUAGCCGUAGAUGACCCUCAGGCUGAGUUGAUUGAUCCGGCAGUGAAGGGAACUCUUAAUGUUCUUAAAUCAUGUGCAAAAUCACCAUCCGUGAAACGAGUUGUCUUUACUUCUUCUGUUGCUGCAGUUUUAUUUAACUCAAGGCCGAAGAAUCCCGAAGUCAUAGUUGACGAGACAUGGUUUUCAGAUCCAGAUUUAUGUAGGGAAUCACAGUUAUGGUACAUGCUAUCAAAGACAUUGGCUGAAGCGGCUGCGUGGGAAUUUGCAAAUGAAAACAAGAUUGACAUGGUUGUUAUUAACCCAACAAUGGUUGCAGGUCCUCUCUUACAACCAGAGAUUAACGAAAGUGUUCAACCAAUUCUAGACAUAAUCAAUGGCUUACCUUUUCGAAAUAAAAAUUAUGGAUGGGUGAAUGUGAAAGAUGUUGCGAAUGCCCAUAUUCACGCAUAUGAGAUUACUUCGGCUAGCGGAAGAUAUUGUUUGUCUGAGAGAAUGCUACACUGUUCAGAACUUGCUAAGAUUUUACAUGAUCUGUACCCAACAUUACAAAUUUCAGACAAGUGUGAGGAUGAUGAGCCAUACAUGCCAUUGUAUCAGUUUUCCAAGGAAAAGAUUAACAGUUUGGGAAUCGAGUUUAUUCCUUUAGAAGUUAGUCUCAAGGAAACUGUGGAAAGCUUGAGGGAGAAAAAAAUUGUCAACUUUUAAUCCGUCGCGAUAUCCCACUUAGCAGAAUAAAAUGUUUUAUUGUUGUUGAAAAAAAUGUUGACAACAUCAAACAAUGUUCAUUGCAUAUAUAUGUUGUUGUGCGCUGCUAAAAUUGAAACAAAAAACUAACACAUGGAAGGGUAUGUUGGAUCACAAGUUUGGUUAUAGCGGAAUAGGAAGGUUUGCCUAUUUGGGAUUAGCUUGCAAGAUAAACUUUUUGUUUUGUUUGGUCUUUUCCAUUGCUGGAUAAGUAAAGGUUUUAUUGAUUGUUACCAUAGUUAGUUAAAGGCACUCAUCAUUACUAUUACUAUCAUUUUUAUUUGGAAUAUGAAUUAUGGGUUAGUUUUAAGGGCAUAAAUAUUUUUUGGACGAGAGGAUUUUGAAGUCUUGAUGUUGACUCUAAUGAGACUUCAGAAUCUUAUCAAGCAAGUCAUUUAUAUUUGAUUCAUGUCUAUAAGAAGGCUAUAAGAAGGCUAAUCAAGGAGAUUUUAACUUUUUCACUCCCCAUUUAUAUCCAACAUCCCCACAUAUUUCUUUAAUGACAAAAUGUUCUUAC